GACACGAUUCGCAUUUUGGUCGCCACUGACAACCAUGUCGGUUACAACGAACGAGAUGCCAUUCGUGGUGAUGACAGCUGGCGAUCGUUUGACGAAGCCAUGUGCAUUGCCCGCGAGCGUGAUGUCGAUAUGAUAUUGCUGGCGGGCGAUCUAUUCCACGAAAACAAGCCGUCGAGAAAAUCGAUGUAUCAAGUCAUGCGCAGCUUGCGUACCAAUUGUCUUGGAGACAAACCAUGCGAGCUGGAGAUGCUAGGGGACGGCAGUGAACAUUUUAUGGGUGCUUUUAAUCAUGUCAACUACGAAGAUCCGAACAUCAAUGUGGCAAUUCCAGUGUUCUCAAUCCACGGCAAUCACGAUGAUCCAUCAGGGGAAGGCUUCUACGCAGCACUCGAUAUCCUGCAAGCAUCGGGUCUCUUGAACUACUACGGACGCACUCCCGAGUCCGACAGAAUCAACGUAAAACCGGUUUGCUUGCAGAAGGGCAAGACGAAAUUGGCCUUGUACGGCUUGAGUAAUGUCCGUGACGAGCGUCUCCACAGAACAUUUCGAGACGGCAAUGUGAAGUUUUUCCGACCGCAGCUACAGACUGGGGACUGGUUCAAUUUGAUGAGCGUUCAUCAAAACCAUCAUGCAUACACAGAGACUGGCUAUCUCCCGGAGUCAUUCUUACCCCAUUUUCUCGAUCUCGUGAUUUGGGGUCAUGAGCACGAGUGCAAAAUAGACCCCGUCACCAAUGCAGAUACUGGAUUCAAGGUCAUGCAGCCGGGAUCCUCAGUCGCUACGUCUCUGGUAGCCAGCGAAGCAGUGGCAAAACAUAUCGCGAUUGUGUCGAUCACAGGGACUGACUUUGAAGUUGAGAACAUCCGUCUCAAGACCGUCCGUCCUUUCGUGUGGCGGGAUAUCGUGCUCAAGGACUUUCCGGAAAUGCAGGAGUUGGCCCACAAGAACGAAAACCGAGUCCAGAUCAGUCAAUUCUUAGAGGGCAUUGUCAAUGAACUCAUUGAAGAAGCGAAAGAGAAUUGGCGGGAGACACAGCAAGAGUCUGGUGCCGAUGCUGAAGACGAUGAAGAGCCGCCGCUUCCUUUAGUGCGUCUGAGAGUGGAAAACACGCCGCCCGAAGGGGGCAAGUUUGAGAUUGACAAUCCGCAGCGCUUUUCGAGCCGCUUCGUGGACAAAGUUGCCAACACGACUGAUGUGAUACAAUAUCAUCGCAAACGUACUGUAGUGCGCAUGGUCAAAGGCAAGCCAGAGAUGCCCGAGCCAAGUGUCAUGGAGCAGAUGUCGCUCGAUAGCAUCAAAGUGGACAAGCUUGUGAAGGAGUUCCUCACGGCACAAUCGCUCACCAUCCUUCCACAGAACAGCUUCAGCGAUGCAGUUGGACAAUUCGUGGAUAAAGACGAUCGACAUGCAAUGGAAGAAUUCCUCACAUAUUCUCUCGAGCAGCAAGUGGAUAGCCUGCUGAAAGGCGGCGAAGAUGACGACAGCGACAGCGACCACUAUGAUAACCUCAAGAUGACAGAACGGAUCGAAAAUAUCCGCCUUCGAUUGGAAGAUGCCCAUGCAAAAGGAGAACGCAACAGAAAUAAAACUGGCUCGAAGCGCAAACCUAGACCUGCCACUUGGGACAGUGAUUUCGAAGGCCACUGGGAGGACAGCUUGAUGUCUGCCCCCACGUACGAAGAUGAUCGGCCGGAAGCUGACAAUGACGAAGACAAUGCGAGUGUUGCUUCGGCAACACCAGCUGCGCCCGCAAGAGGCAGAGGGAGUCGAGGAGGCCGUGCAGGCAAAUCAACAGCAGGAACUGCUCGUCAAAGCGCAGUCGCUACCAAGAAGGCACCAGCAAAGUCUGCAGCUUCCAAGGGCAAAAAGCGGCAGCCAUUCGAGGAUGAAGAGGAUGAUGACGACGAAGAUGAAAACCAUGAUGAUCACGACGUGAUAAUGAUUGACGACGACGACGAUGACGACGACGAGAGCCAGGGCCUUUUUGUUAGGGAGACAGCUAAGAAGAAAGCAGCGCCUUCGACGCGACGAGCACCUGCCAAAUCAACGUCAACAACAGCUGCAAAGCCGGUACCAAGAAAGGCUGCGGCAAAAGCAGCUCCGACCACGACGACACGUGCUCGCCAGACACAGAUCAGCUUCGGAACACAGCCGAGUGUUGGUCGCUCAAGCGGUCGAACGGCGGCGACGUCGUCGUCGAGACGUGUACAUGAGCCGAGCGAGGACGAAAUCGAUGAUGACGACGAUGCAUUCGAACCACCACCGCCAAACCAGCGAGCCAAGCGGCGGUGA